AGCAGGUUUACCGGCCAUGGAGAAACGAAUAGAGCUUGAAAAACGAGGAAGAAAUCCCGCUGAAAUAACAGAAUUUGUACUUGACAAUUGUCGGAGUACAAAUAUCGUGGGUCUUACAGAUGAAUUCGUGGCAUUAAAAUCCUUAAGUUUAAUCAAUGUAGGAUUAACAAGUCUGAAAGGUUUCCCUGUAUUACCAAAUCUCCGAAAGUUAGAACUGAGUGAUAAUCGAAUCUCCGGAGGUUUGAAUUUUCUGCUGUCAAGCCCUAAGUUAACUCAUCUUAAUCUUAGUGGAAAUAAAAUCAAAGAUCUUGAAACACUACAACCAUUAAAAGAAUUCCAAAACCUCAAGAACUUAGAUUUAUUCAAUAAUGAAGCAACAGAAAUGGAUAACUAUAGAGAGAAAGUAUUCGGAUUAAUUCCUAGUUUAAGAUAUCUUGAUGGAAUCAUCACCAGCCCGAGGAAAGAAAAGAAAACAUGAAGACGGAAGUGAGCCAGGGAAUUAA